CACGCGGCAACAACGGCAAAACCACACCCGCGACGAGGAAGGUCAUGGCGAGCGAGCAAGCAGCAGCAGCGCCACUGAUGAAGCCCAAGAGCGCGUUCGCUCACUUCCAGAAGCAAGUAACAAGCGCUGUGCGGGAGGAGCUCAAGCAGCGUGGGAACGCGGACAUUGCGGACACGAAGGACAACGACCCUGCGAAUUUGGGUGCAGUGCAGCGUGAAGUGAGUGCGCGGUGGAACGAGCUCACGCCAGAGCAACGUGAACCGUUCCUUGAUGCUGCAAAAGCGGAUCGGGAACGAUACGACGAGGAAUGCUUGCUUCGAGACCGUCAAGUCGAGGAAGAGCGCGAAAAACGCCGCCAAGACAGAAAUGCGUUGGACGUAGAAGGCAAACGCGAACGAAAAGUUGCCACGGAUGUUAAAGAAAAGCGCGAGAAGAAGCCUGCGAAACCUCUCACGGACGAGCAAGUUGCAGCAAAGAGAAAACGCGAUGAAGUCAGUCAAUUGGCAAAAGGCGCCAAGGACGAGUUGAAAGCCGAGGAAGAGCGUCAAAAAGAAGAGUUGAAGGCGAAAAAAGCCGAGUCAGCGUCGGCGCGCCUAAACUAUUUGUUGAGCCAAAGCGAUGUGUUCCGGCACUUUGGGGUCAAAGCCCCGACCAACAAGGCCGAAAAAGGAGCGUCCAGGAAGAAGAGCGAACGAGAAGAAGACGACGAACUCCUCCACGACAAGCACGAUACGGUUCGGUUGACAGUCCAGCCGAGCGUGAUCAAGUUUGGGACGAUGCGGCAGUACCAACUGGAAGGAUUGAGUUGGAUGGUGAACCUGGCGAACCAGGGGAUUAACGGCAUCUUGGCCGACGAAAUGGGUCUCGGGAAAACGCUCCAAACGAUUUCGGUGCUGGGGUACUUUCAAGAAUUUCACAACAUUUCGGGUCCGCACCUCGUGCUCGUGCCCAAAUCGACUCUGAGCAACUGGCUCAAUGAAUUCCACCGAUGGUGCCCGUCCCUGCGUGCGAUCAAGUUCCAUGGCGAUAAGGAAGAGCGUGACCGCGUCGUCGACGAAGUCUUGUGCCCAGGGCUUGCCCAGGACAAGCGAAAGUUUGACGUGUGUGUCACGACCUUUGAAAUGUGUCUCAAAGCCAAAACGACUCUCGCCAAGUUUGCGUGGCGAUACCUCAUCAUUGACGAAGCCCAUCGCAUCAAGAACGAGAGCUCGCAGUUUUCGAUGAUUGUGCGCACAAUGGCGACGGAGCACCGCCUAUUGUUAACCGGGACACCGCUUCAAAACAAUUUGCACGAGCUGUGGGCGCUACUCAACUUUUUAUUGCCGGACGUGUUCAGUUCGUCCGAGCAGUUUGACGAGUGGUUCAACUUGGACACGGAGGACGAAGAGGCCAAGAAACAAAUGAUCACGCAGCUGCAUCGCAUCUUGCGGCCGUUUAUGUUGCGACGGUUGAAAGCUGACGUGGAAAAGUCGCUGCCGCCCAAGAAAGAAACGUUGCUCUUUGUCGGGAUGACCCCCAUGCAAAAAGCGCUGUACAAAACGUUGUUGCUCCGUGAUAUGAACACUUUGACGGGGGGAUCGUCUGCGUCGAAGAGCGCGUUGCAAAACAUUGUCAUGCAACUGCGCAAGUGCUGCGGUCACCCGUACUUGUUUGAAGGUCAAGAAGAUCGGUCGUUGCCUCCGCUGGGCGAACACGUGGUUGAAAAUUGCGGCAAGAUGAUCCUCAUGGACAAAUUACUCAAGCGGUUGAAAGCGCGUGGGUCCCGCGUCCUCAUUUUCAGCCAAAUGACUCGUGUGCUGGACAUCAUGGAGGAUUUCUGCCGCAUGCGGGCCUAUGGGUACUGCCGCAUUGACGGCAACACGUCUUACGACGACCGUGAAUCGUCGAUCGACGAGUACAACGCGCCCAACUCGUCCAAGUUUAUCUUUUUGCUCAGCACUCGUGCCGGGGGACUCGGGAUCAACUUGUACACGGCGGACAUUGUGAUUCUGUACGAUUCCGACUGGAACCCGCAGGCCGACUUGCAAGCCCAAGAUCGCGCGCAUCGCAUCGGUCAAAAGAAGGAAGUGAAUGUGUAUCGAUUUGUCACGGCCAACUCGGUCGAAGAGAAAAUCAUCGAACGCGCGCAACAAAAACUCAAGUUGGACGCCAUGGUUGUUCAGCAAGGGCGCCUUCAGGAGAAGCAAAAGAACUUGAGCAAGAACGACAUGCUCGACAUGAUUCGAUUUGGGGCGGACGAAGUGUUUCGCGCCAACGACGACGAGAUGAUCACAGACGAAGACAUUGAAGCGAUUCUCGCCAAGGGGGAAGCACGCACAGAAGAAAUGAACUCGAAAUUGCAAGCGCACGACAAGGGCGACCUGCUCAAUUUCAAAUUGGACGGCGGGGGGUGCCAAGUGAUUGACGGCGUUGAUUAUUCCAAGGAAAAGGAGCGGCUCGAAGAGAUUAAGCGGCUCGCAGACUUGGAGUUUGCGCGCACGUUGGCUGAUGGCAUGGGCAAGCGAGAACGCCGCACGGUGGUCAAGGCGGACGAGCCAGGAUUCAAGAUGAAGUCCAAGAUGAAGCAACUCCCCAAGUCAAUGCGCCUCCCUCGCAUGGACGAGUGGCAGUUUUACAACCGCAGUCGCAUGACAGAGAUCCACGAAAUGGAAGUGUCGGCAUAUGAGCUGGCCAAAGCCAACGGUGAAGCUAUCGACAAAUCGGACCACUCGUACCUGAGUCCCGCGCUGCAAGCAGAGAAGGAAGAACUGCUCAAAGCUGCCUUCAGCGACUGGAACAAACCGCACUUUUACUUGUUCAUCAAGCUCAUGGCUCGGUAUGGUCGAACGAAUCUGACGGCCAUCGCGCGCGAGAUGGUCAAGCCAUACGACGAAGUCGUUCGGUACGCCGACACGUUUUUCAAGCGCGGGGCCGAACUGGGCGACUGGGACAAGAUCCGCAAGUCGAUCGAAAAGGGCGAAUCCAAAUUACUCGAAAUUGAACGCUUGGCGGAACAAACUGCGAUCAAAAUCAAACGAUACCAAAACCCAUACGACGACUUGGUCAUCAACUACCAAGGCAAAGGGGGCAAACUGUUUACCGAGGAAGAAGACCGACUGCUCCUGUGUUUGGUGCACGCGUAUGGGUAUGGGUCGUGGGAAAAGAUCAAGCGCGAAAUCCAUGCCGCACCCGUUUGUGCGUUCGAUUACUACUUGCGGUCGCGGUCCGCCGCCGAGUUAGGUCGGCGAUGCGACGCGUUGAUGCGGAUCUGCGAGAAGGACAAUGUCGAUUACGAGUUGAAAGAAAAGAAGGACCGCGCGUUGCAGCAAGAGCUCGCUGAGCAACGCGAAGUCCUUGCCAAGCGCAUCGCCGAAGCGAAAGCUGAGCUGAACCGAAACCAAGCCCUUGUGGAUGAGAAGAUCAUGAAGGAAGCCAAGAAAAUGCAAGCCGCUCGCGAAGCCAAGCGGUUGAAGAGGGAUAAGAAGGAGGAUGCCGAGAGCGACCACUACCCCGCAACGUCAAAAGCCGACGACGUGCUCACCGAAGCCGACCAAGAAGAGCUGCGUCAGAUGAUAGCGCAAUCGACCGACAAGGAGGCAUCCACGAUUGCCCUGAAAUUUUGUGCCAAACACGUCAAGUGCCAACUGAGCCAAGUGCUGGCCAUUAUUCAUCAAUAUGCCGCCCCCAUUGCGUACAGCAGACCAGGACAACCUGCGUGGCGUCUGCACCCAGAGUACGCUGUGCCCUUGUCGACGUCUCGAAGCCGGAAGCGCCCGUUGUCGGACGAAGGCGGUCCAGAUGAUGAGUCCAAGGACGGGAAGCGAUUGCCCAAAUCGCCAUGGUCUCCUUCCGCGAUGAAGCAAGCGUCAGCGAAGAAGACGAAGAAGCCACAAGUGGAGGUGCCAGCCAAGAAGCCGCCCAGAAAGCCCCGAAGUGCAUACGUCCUGUUCAGCUUGGCCAAGCGGAACGAAGUGCGGUCGUCGAUGCCAGAAAACACGGGCAUUGUCGACCUCAUGUCCCGGCUGACCGAGCUGUGGCUUGAAAUGUCCGACACGGACAAGGCCCCGUGGUACGAAGCCCAAGAACACGACAAACAACGAUACGAACAAGAAGUGGAAGAGGCUGGGUAAGAAGGCCCACGUGCUACACACUCGACAUGAUGGCGGCAGCUUCGAUCGCAUCGACCGUACGCGUAACGCGCUGGCGGUGGCGUCGUGAAAUACACGCACGGCACUGACGGAGGUUCCAUGAAAUAUACUACAAGCCAUGACUUGUUGGGUGCGUUCAGCCGCCUUCUGCAUGCGCCG